UGCCAUCAGUGAAUUCGGAGAACAAAACUUGGAACAAUCGGAAGUCGGAAGGACAGAAUUAAUUCACUAGACAAACCAAAAUUCUUUAUAAUUAAAAAUCAUUUUAAAAUCAUCUACAUUCCAAUAUCCUACUGUAAUGCUUCCCUCUUUUUCUAAUUCUGCGACCAGAGAUCAGAGCAUAAAAGCAAUCAAUGAAGUGGAAAGUAGCAAAUUUCCAUUGCUUGUGAAUCGACUGGCGCACGGAAUGCAAGUUUCGGACAAGACUGACGUCUUCACGCAAGAGGAAUUAAUAAAAUUGGAAUCGUCUCUCGGAGUGGACGAAAGCGGCUUGAAAUCUCUCCUCGACAGUCUCAACCUGAUUCUCACCCAGGCGGCACUGACGGGUGCAAAUCCUACGGAGUUGAAGGAACAGCUCGGAGGUUAUGGCAUUGCCGAGGAAAAAGCUUUUGCUAUCGUCGAGGUGUGGCAAAGUUCAAGCAAACAAAUCAUUGAGAGUUUGAAGGAGCGACUCGCUAAGCCAACACAAUUGGAUGAUAUCCAAUGGUCUAUUGGAGCUGCGAUUUCUUCAAAAAGCAAAGCUGAACUGAAAUCACCUCACGCCACAAUACAGUUCUCUUUGAAAAAUGAUAAAAAUGAUCAAGAUCAGCAACCAAUCACUGUUCAAAUGAAUCACGAGCAGCUGCUGGACUUGCACCAAAAACUUCAAGGCAUUCAAGACAAACUGGACUCAUUGAAAUAAAAUAAUUUAACUUCUAUUAAUAAAAUCAAUUAAUCGUGUAAAUUGUAAU